AUGGCCUUCUCUUAACUUGGUUCCAUUACAACUGAAAAAUUCUGUAAAGAAUUAGAUGAAUUAAUUGUGUCUAAGUUCAAUGAAGAGAAGUAUAUGAAGAAAAAUGAGUCUUUUAUAAACAUCUUUGACAAAUAAUACCAGACAACUUUUAAGAUGAGAGAUUAUUAAGGUAAAGAAUUAGAUGAUUUUUUCCCUAAGUACAAAAAUGAAAGAAAAAAUAUUUUGGUGAAGUUAAGACAAGAUGGUGAAAUGACCAAUAUUUUAUAUGAAAUAUUUGAGAAUAAACAAGAAUAAUCCUUGAAAUUACUUAUCAAAAUAUCAAAAGCAAACUAUUAAUUACAUGAUGAGAUCAUGAAAGUAUUAUCUGAUACUAAAAUUGUAAACAAAAAUACAAUCGAGUUAAUUAAAAACAUCGCUAAGGAUUAAUUAAAUGACUUAGAGAUUAUUGAAAUUAUUGAAAAUGCAAAGUUAAUUGUUAAUAACAGAAAUAGUAAGAUUUCUGGUGAUGUUGGGGCUAAAGAGUCACUUUCAGCUCAGGUAAAAGUAUGA